AUGUCUAAGGAUCCCAAGGGAUAUUAUAAGAUACUCGAGCUGAGUCCUGGGGCGUCUAUAGCUGAUGUAAGAAGGGCCUACUCAAGGCAGCAGGCCAAGUAUCAUUUGGAUUCGCCGUUUAUGAAGAACAAGCUGAAGAAUGCAGCCAACGACGAGGAAAGAGAAAAGAUAAAGAAGGAGUGUGGAGAGAUGUCUGCAAAGCUGAACUCUGCGAAGAGUGUGCUGUUUGAUGAGAAGAAGAAGAAGGAGUAUGACAGCGGUGUUGGAGAGUUUGGAGCACACUUUUCCGGAGCAGGAUAUUCCGAUAUAUUUGAUAUAUUCAGCCAGUUUACUGGGGGGAGAAGCCAUCAAAGAACAAACAAGGUGAACUCUACCAAGUAUGUGAUAACCAUUUCCCUUAGAGAGUCGUUUGUCGGGAAGGUGUCGAAGUUCAAUGUCAGGACUGAGAAGAUAUGCCCUACAUGCGAUGGAAAAGGAGGGAAGGAUGUAGAGACGUGCAAGAAGUGCAAUGGAAGUGGUGUGUGCACCACGCGCAGAAACCUCGGAGGGUUUGUGACUCUUGCCGAGGCACGAUGCGAUGGAUGUGAGGGGUCUGGACAUAAGAUUAAGGGCAAGCCAUGCGGUACAUGCAAUGGUGGAGAGUAUAUACAGGACAAGACUAUGUUUGAGGUAAACAUAAAGCCCGGGGUUAGAAAGGGAGAGAAGAUUGUGUUUGAGGGCAUGGGAGACCAGAGGAGAAACCAUAUUCCUGGAGAUGUAAUUUUCAUAAUUGAUGUUCAAGAGGACAGCAGAUUUGAGAGGCGUGGAAAUGAUCUGAUAGGAAAGAUAGACAUUCCCCUGUGCACUGCCAUUGGGGGAGGAGUUGCCUACUUUACCCAUAUUGAUGGGAGGUUGCUUGAGAUAAGUAUAAGCCCCUUCAAGACAUUUGACACUGUUCUUAGGGUCCGCAAUGAGGGAUUCAAAGGGAACAAGACGGGGAGCUUGGUUCUGAAGCCAAACAUCAUAAUUGGAAGUGAGUCUGACCGGGCAAAGAUUAUGCAGGUGCUGUCGGCACCGCCGAGAAAGCCCUAUGGAGCGUCUGUAAGGGUAAGCAGUGAGUUUGGGAGCAUGCCUGAGGCGGAGAGAGAGCAAGAGGAGGCAUCUGACGACGGUGUGCACAAUGCCAGAAGCUUCUUCAACAGCUUCAGCUUCUUCUGA